AUGAACAGCACGAUGAUGGCUGUAGGGACAACCUCGGAGGAGGAGGAGGAGGAGGUGGAGACACGGCGGAUCACCGCGACCUGCCCGCUAACGGGGAGGGAUCAGGACGACUACGUUGCUAGCCCGGGCGGUGACGACGGAGAGUCAUCCAGCCCCCUGGAUCGAGUCCGCGAUCUCAUUACGAACGAGGGGCCGAGCGUGUUCGACCCCUCGAACCUGGGUCGCAUCGACGACCUCUUCAGGGAGGCGGGCUCUGACGUGUACGAGCGGAUGGGACCCAUCCUCGGCGAGGCUGGCGACUUCGGCUCAAAAGUGGCAGACACGGCUGCGUCGUGGGGAACUGAUCUAGGUAGUGUUUUCGGAAGCAUCGGCGAAUCCGCUGGAGAAGCUUUCGGCGGAUUAGGAGACCUCUUCUCCGACGUCGGGGGUGCUUUGGGCAGUGGCCUAGGUGAGGUAGGGGACUGGGCGGGGGACGCGCUGGGGGACGGCGUAGACGCAGCGAGAGGCCUGGCCGAAGUCAUCGGAGAGGGCAUCGGAGAUGGUCUCGACGUAGCGGGAGAUCUCGCCGGAGACGGGCUAGACGCGGCGGGCGACCUAGCCGAAGACAUCGGGGAGGGCAUCGGAGCGGGCCUGGACGCAGCCGGAGAUCUCGCUGCAGACGGGCUAGACGCGGCGGGCGACCUAGCCGAAGACAUCGGGGAGGGCAUGGGGGAUGGCCUGGAAGCAGCCGGAGACCUUGCCGGUGGCGCCGUGGAUGCGGUCACGGAUGCCGUCGAUGGUGUAUCAGACGACGUGGACAUGUACGCGGGCGCAGGGCCGAGGGAUCUGGACGAUGAAGGGCCGACCGGGGGCGGAAACUUUGCUAUGGUGGGGCCGGGAAUGGGUGUGGCGUCGUAG